AUGGUGAGAGUGCUGAUGGUGUUUGGGGUUACAGAGCGCACUCCUUCCACCAGAUACUGCUUAAUCACGCUGACUGGAAACCGUGUCGGGUCCGGAACAGAGUCUGACAGUGAUGAAUCUGUACCAGAGCUCGAAGAGCAAGACUCCACACAGGCCACAACACAGCAGGCACAGCUUGCAGCAGCAGCUGAAAUAGAUGAAGAACCCGUUAGCAAAGCAAAACAGAGCCGGAGUGAAAAGAAAGCACGGAAGGCAAUGUCUAAAUUGGGCCUUCGCCAGGUGACAGGAGUAACCAGAGUCACCAUCCGGAAAUCAAAGAACAUCCUCUUUGUCAUCACAAAGCCAGACGUGUACAAGAGCCCAGCAUCAGACACCUACAUAGUUUUUGGCGAAGCGAAGAUCGAAGACCUGUCCCAGCAGGCCCAGCUGGCAGCUGCUGAAAAGUUCAAAGUGCAAGGAGAAGCUGUUUCAAACAUCCAAGAAAACACACAGACCCCCACCGUGCAGGAGGAGAGUGAGGAAGAAGAGGUUGACGAAACCGGCGUCGAGGUGAAAGACAUUGAGCUGGUGAUGUCCCAGGCGAACGUGUCCCGAGCAAAGGCAGUCCGUGCCCUGAAGAACAACAGUAACGAUAUUGUAAAUGCUAUAAUGGAGUUGACGAUGUAGCUGCCAGAGGGAGGAGCCUUUUUUGGUGUUUCAGAGAAGAGUAAAAUGCAACUAAAUUUAAAAUUUGUACUAUUUCUAUCAAUUAAUAAAAGUUGUGGCUUAUUGUUGGUGAAA